AUCCAAUCUGCUCGUCCACCAACCAUCCCCUCUCACCUUAUCCAUUCAACAUCUCUCAUCCCAUUCCAUACAAAACUCACCCCAUUUGGUUUCCCUUCAUCUCUACUUGUACAAACCACAAACCCCAUAACAAAAAACAACAUAUUUCCUCGCCAAACAAUCCAUUUUUCAUUUAACUUUGUCUAAGUAUUUGUGUUUCUUCUUCUUCAGAAAGUUAUAGCAAUGGCAACAGCCUCAGUCACUGUCUCUCCAGCAAUGGUUGCUGCCACCACAGUGGCCAAAUCAAGGAGGAUGACUUCAUCAGCAAACAAUGUGACAUACAUAACAGGACUCAAUGCCUUCUCUGGACUCAGAGCUCAGAGCAGUGUGGCCUCCCUUGGCCUUCCACAGAGCACUGAGCCGUCCUUUGCUAGGGUUGUGAGCUCAUUGAGAGCCCCAUCAAGGGGCAGUGGUGGUGGUGGUGGUGCACUGUCUUCCACCUGCAAUGCUGUUGGUGAGAUUUUUAAGAUUGCUGCCAUCCUCAAUGGACUCACUCUCGUCGGAGUUGCAGUCGGAUUCGUGCUUCUUCGGAUUGAAGCAGCGGUUGAGGAGGCGGCUGAGGCUGAGUAAUAAAGAGAAUUUUCAGAUGCCUUUGAUUAUGUUUGCUUAUAUCAACACUGUAUCAUCUCUCUUUAAAAAAUACUUGAUUUUAUGUAGCAAUGACUAAUAUUUUCAGUUUCUUGAAUUACAUUGAAUUGAGUGCUCAACAA